AUGGCGAUCUCGUGGCGGUAUAAUUUUAAGGUGAUUGGAGGAAGUUUUCAGGGUGCUGUCAGAGGCAGCUGUGUGACCCAGUGGUUUGAUCAUGAUGACCCAUCAGGGAGAGGAGAUUUUGAAGUUCUGCAGAAUCUCCAGAAAGAAUAUCCUGAUCAGAUCUGCAGUACACCAACAGCCUGUGAAGUGGAGACAAUAUCUGGAAUCCCAGCAUCAAACUCUGAAGACAACAUUCAACAGUGUAGCAUUUCAACUGGAUUUACCUGUAUCAAUGCAGAGCAAAAAAAUGGCAGCUGUGAAGAUUACAGAGUACGAUUUAUCUGUCCUGAAUCCUUUUGCAGCUGCAAAACCCAGUGGUUUGAUCGAGAUGACCCUUCCGGAAAUGGGGAUUAUGAAGAUCUUGUGAAUCUUCGAAAAGAAAAUGCUGGUAAAAUCUGCAGUAAUCCGACUGCCUGCGAAGUAGAGACAACAGAAGGUGUUCCUGCCUCACGUACUGGAGACAUUGUUUCUGAGUGCAGCCUUUCAACUGGCUUUGCAUGUGUAAAUGCUGAGCAAAAAGACCAGAGCUGUCAAGAUUACAGAAUACGGUUUACCUGUCCUCGCUCUUUUUGCAGUAAGAAAACUCAAUGGUUUGAUCGUGAUGACCCAGUAGGAAAUGGUGAUUUUGAGGAUCUGGAGAACCUUCGGAAGGAAUAUCCUGGUCAGAUCUGCGAUAACCCAAUAGCCUGUGAAGUACAGACAGUGUCAAACCAGUCAGCCUCAAGCACUGGGGAUGUUAUUCCUGAGUGCAGCGCAUUGACUGGGUUUACUUGUGUGAAUAAAGAACAAAAGUUUAAGCUCUGUGAAGAUUACAAAAUACGAUUUACCUGCCCUUAAUCUUUUUGGACGAGUGAGCAGGAAAGCAGUCACAGGACCUGCUUCUGGAGCCAGCCAGGCCUGCUUCAGGCUCAAUAUUUGAUGAAGUUGCUGUACAUAAAACAUUAGUCUGAUGGAUUUGGGGACAAAUAAAAAGCAGUUACGGAGAGAAAGUCACAUCAUAUAGAC